AUGGGGACGGAGUUGGUCGUCAUAAACACCCCAAAUCUGUUGCUCCCCAACAUCUCCCAGAACAAACUCAAACAACACAUCGAACACUGCAUGAGACUUUCUGCUCCUGGGCCUCAUUUGUUCCUGCUGGUUCUACAACCUGAAACCUUCACCAAUGAACACCAAGUCUGGCUCUGCAAGAUCCUCGACUAUGUGGGUGAGCAGUCCUUUGACCACUCGCUGGUUGUGAUAACACCCAGAGAGGCUCCGGGACAACACAACGUCAGUCUGGGGGCCUCAGAGACCUUGGUGAAGCGGUGCAGAGGGGAGUUUCUGUGGAGGACGAACACCGAACUCUAUGACCUCCUGGAGGUUUUGCAGGAAACUCUGUUUGAGAACAAAGGACAACACGUCGGCUUUGACAAAUUUGAGGAACCCAAACCUCCAGAUACACAGGCUACUGGUUCUGCCUUCAGAAUAGUUCUGUUUGGGAAAAGUGAAGACAAGAAGACAAAACUGGGCAACUUCAUUGUUGGCUCAAGCGUAAAACAUUUCCAGAAAACCUCUGCUAAAUGUGCCGUCACCAGCGGGGAGUGGAAAGGAUAUUCGCUCACAGUAGUCAAAACCCCAAACUUCCUCAGUAUGUCCAGGAAAACAAUCAAUGCGGAAAUACGAAGAUGCGCGAACCUCUGUGAGCCUGGACCGAACGUUCUCCUGCUCUUAGUGAAACCUUCUACAUUUACACAGAAGAAGAGGCAAGCCCUCACAUCCAUCCUCACAUUGCUUGGACCGGAGGCUCUGAAGCACUCGGUGGUCGUUAAGACCAACAACCUAAUUGAUUCUGAGGCCUUCAAACAGCUGAUCAAAGACUGUGGUGACCGACUGUACAACAUGUUUGAAAAUGACCUGAAAACGUUAAUGAGGAAAGUUAGGGCCACUGUUCAUGAACACAAGGGAGCCUACCUUACCUUCGCUGAAGACAACAUGGAAGCAGAGACUGGAUUUAAUAAGCCAGCUCUGAACCUGGUUCUGUGUGGCAGGAGAGGAGCAGAGAAAAAGUCUGUAGCCCAGGCCAUCUUAGGUCACACAGAGCUUCAUUCAGUCUCCAAUACAUCAGACAUCAUCAUGUAUCAGGAAGACGUGUGCGGACGCUGGGUUUCUGUUCUGGAGAUGCCGUCCCUGUAUGGCAAAUCUCACGGGGACGUCAUGAAGGAAUCAUUCAGGUGCAUCUCCCUCUGUGAUCCUGAGGGGGUCCACGCCUUCAUCCUGGUCCUACCUGUGGGUCCCCUCACUGAUGAAGACAAGGGAGAGUUACAGACCAUCCAGGACACGUUCAGCUCUCAGGUCAACAACCUCACCAUGGUUCUGUUCACUGUGGAGUCAGAUCCCAAAGCUCCAGCUGUCAUUGACUUCAUCAGAGAAAGCAAAGGAGUCCAGGAGCUCUGUCAGAGCUGUGGAGGGAGGUAUUUUGUUCUCAACAUCAGGGACCGGCAGCAGAUCCCAGAACUACUGGAUGCUGUGGAAAAACCCGACAUAUCUGUGAAUGAGCGACGUUCCUACACCACCAAAACACAUGGCAACGCUCAGGCGGAAAAGGUCUUAGAAAAAGAGAAAAACAUUGUGGAUCUGAAGGCAGAACUUCAAAACCUCAAGAGCAAGGCUGUCGCUAACAAUGCCGCAGAGCUGCCGAGCCCAGAUAAUCUGAGGAUUGUCCUGAUCGGUAAGACCGGCUGUGGGAAGAGCUCUUCAGGAAACACCAUUCUGGGAAGAGAAGAAUUUAAAGCUGAAGCUUUACAAAAUUCCGUCACCAAGUGCUGCCAGAAAGCACAGGGUGAAGUGGCGGGUCGCUCCGUCACGGUGGUCGACACUCCUGGACUGUUUGACACCAGCCUGUCUAACGAGGAAGUCAACGAGGAGAUGACCAAGUGCAUCAGUCUUCUGUCUCCAGGACCACACGUCUUCCUUCUGGUGUUACAGAUCGGCAGGUUUACUGCAGAAGAGAUGGACACGUUAAAACUGGUUAAGAGGGUCUUUGGAAAGGCUUCUGAAAAGUUCACCAUCGUCCUGUUCACUAAAGGAGAUUCAUUAGAUCAUCAUUCGCUGUCUGUAGAAAAAUACAUUGAAAAAGGUGCGGACCCCAUCAAGAACCUAAUUGAGAACUGUGGAGGGAGGUACCAUGUGCUCAACAACUACGACAAACAGAGCAAACCACAGCAGGUCUCUGAGCUGAUAGAAAAGAUCGAGACGAUGGUGAAGAAAAAUGGCGGCGGCUGUUUCACCAACGAGAUGCUGAGGGAAGCAGAGGCGGCAAUCCAGAAAGAGGCGGAGAAAAUCCUGAAUGACAUGGAGAAGGAGAUGCAACGAGAGCUGCAGAAGCUCAAGAGACAAGAGGACAAAGAGGUGCAGGCGGUAAAAGAGAAAAUGGAGGAACGAAAAGCAGAGCUAGCAAGAGAGAAAGAGGAGAAACAAAAACAUCUGGAGCAAAUGAGCCUCAAAAUUAACAGUGAGACUGAAAGAAUCAACAGAGAGAAGGAGAAGAGGGAAGAAGAGGACAGGAAGAAGAUGAGAGACGAGGUGAUGGAGCGCCGGGAGUCUGAGGCGAAGCUGAAGGAUGUGCAGGAAAAAAUCAACUCAACAACAGAUCUGGAGAAGAAGAGUUUACUGGAGCAACUCAAAGAAAGUAUGAGAAAAGAGCAGGAGAGGAGGACGAGAGAACAGAAGGAUUACUGGGAACGGCGGCGGAAAGAGAAGGAGAACAAACGGAAAACGGCUUCAAUUAAAAUCAAGCAGCUCCAGAUGGAGUACGAUCAGACCAAAGCCAAGCUUGAACAGCAGCUUAACAACGAGGAUGAAAACCUGAGAGAUCUGGAGGACAGAUACAAGGAGAAAGCAGAGGACAUCAAGAAGAAGUUCAGAGAAAAGGCCAGGGAGCAAGCUGAAGAGCACAAUGAGUUCAGAGACAAAUACAGCACCAACUUUGCAGGUCUGAUGGAAGAACACAGGGAGGAAUUACAGACCCUGCAGCGGGAACAUGAGCGAGCGAUCCGGGAGACAGAGGAGAAGCUGGAGAAGGAGUACAAGCUGCUGGGCAACCUGCAGAGCCACAAGGAGGUCCAAUUGAAAGAAGAACUGGAGCAGAGGGAGAAACAGCUCAAAGAAAUGGAAGAACUGAAGAACGGCCAGGAAGAAGAAUUAAAGACGAUGAAGCAAAAAUACAAGAAUCGAUGCGUGAUCGCCUGAGAGGUUCUGUUCCAGUCCAGACACUGAUGAGAGCUGCUGGAGAUCCUGUUGUGACCUGGAAGACAGCAGUCCGUGGUUCUGAUCUAAUUUCCGGUUGUCUUGUCUUCAUAAACUGACUUUUUAGGACAAUUAGAGACAUUUCAGACAUGAUCCAAUAGACACCCUGGCUGGUGAAGUCAUGAAUGGGCCGGGUAAAACUGAAGAACCGUUCUGUUUCAGACUACAUUCAGAAGGUGGUCUGGGAUGUUAUCCUCCACAUCCUGAUCUACAUUCUGGGCCUGAGUGUAUCAGAUGCUUCAGGCGGACCUAAUUGCUAAUUGUUUGUGUCACUUAUUUAAGUCAAUGACUAAGUAAGGCUCUAUGUAGCUUCAUGGAUGUUUCUGUUU